UCAGGUACGAGUGUUCGGGUGAUGGCGGUCCGGCCGGGUACGGGGACCAGGUCCGCCGGGCGUCUCCUCCUGCUCGCCGCGCGAUUUCUGGUCUUUCGGCCCUCCGCGGCUCCCAUCGUGGCUGCCGGGCGCGAGGCGAGACGGCGACGGCGGCAGCCGGUCACUGCGCGGAGCGGGCAGGCGCGUACUCACCCCGCCGGCCCUGGCACUCGGGCUCCCGGAAGCGGAAAAGGAGAGCGGCCCGGCCUGGGCGACGGAGAAGAGCCCCCAUUCUUCAUUUAGAUUUCACUCUCUCUGGAAAUCUUUUCCUGAGAACAACUGACCAUAAGAAGUACAUUUUGUAUUGCAACCUAGUACACACAUAAAUAUUCACAUAAGUGAAAAACAUUCCAGAAACAAUAUCCUUCUUAUAUGAGAGUCUCAUGGAGAACUGUUAUUGAGAAGAGCUCCAUUUGUUGGAAUGUAAUACAAAGAAAGAAUGAAUCAAGACAAAACCUCUAAAUGCGAGUACCAGAAAAAUUGCAACACAUCAUAGUGAAUUUGCAACCACGCCUGGUGGAUAUUAACUGAGUGGAGCCAACCUGCAACUCUACCAGUUACGUGUUUCUGGUUGUAAUCUGAUUUGGAGCUCUUGGGAGACUACUGUUUUCCUCUCUACAAUCCAAUUGUAAAGAUGAUGUGGCACUAAUAUUCACUAAUCAGGAUCAUCGUUCCGUGUGGGUUGGCAGGCAGUUGUAGGACUGCAAAAUGGGUCUCCGGAUUCACUUUGUUGUUGACCCACAUGGUUGGUGCUGCAUGGGUUUGAUUGUCUUUGUCUGGUUAUACAAUAUUGUUAUAAUUCCCCAAAUUGUCCUCUUUCCUCACUAUGAAGAAGGACAUAUUCCAGGCAUAUUAAUAAUAAUAUUCUAUGGCAUUGCCAUAUUUUGUCUGGUUGCCUUAGUAAGGGCCUCAAUAACUGAUCCAGGAAGACUCCCUGAGAACCCUAAGAUUCCACAUGGAGAAAGGGAGUUCUGGGAAUUAUGUAACAAGUGUAAUUUGAUGAGACCAAAGCGCUCCCAUCACUGCAGCCGCUGUGGCCACUGUGUUAGGAGAAUGGAUCAUCACUGUCCAUGGAUUAACAAUUGUGUUGGUGAAGAUAAUCAUUGGCUUUUUCUGCAGUUGUGUUUCUACACUGAACUUCUUACUUGCUACGCACUGAUGUUUUCUUUCUGCCACUAUUAUUACUUUCUUCCACUAAAAAAGCGAAACUUGGACCUCUUUGUUGUUAGACAUGAGUUGGCCAUAAUGAGACUAGCUGCCUUUAUGGGCAUUACUAUGUUAGUUGGAAUAACUGGACUUUUUUAUACUCAGCUGGUUGGCAUCAUCACAGAUACAACAUCUAUUGAAAAGAUGUCAAACUGUUGUGAAGAAAUAUCGAGGCCCCGAAAGCCAUGGCAGCAGACCUUCUCAGAAGUUUUUGGCACUCGUUGGAAGAUCCUGUGGUUUAUCCCUUUCAGGCAGAGGCAACCACUGCGAGUUCCCUACCACUUUGCCAAUCACGUCUAAACAGAUGGAUGGUGGGCACAGAUGGGUCCUCCAUGCUGGAAAUGCGUUACAGGUUUUCUGAUAAUAGAAGGAUGACAGUCUUCAAGUCAAUUAAAAUCCACCCACCAAUCUUAGGCAUCAUAAUGUGCCCC